AUUGAUAAGCCCCAAUGCGGAUUCAAGGCUGUCAAGGAUGGGGUGCAGCAGGGUGCUGAUUUUUAUAGCUGAGAAAGACAAUUUGAGAGAGAGGGGUAUGUUUUACUACGAGACAUUGAAGGGCAGUGGGUGGAGUGGAAAGGUUGAUGCUGUGGAGACGGAAGGAGAGGACCAUGCUUUCCAGUUGUUUAACCAAGAGAGUGAGAAGGCUGUGGCCCUUAUGAACAAGAUAUUUUCUUUUGUAAAUGAAGAAUGAGGUAUGCCUUAAUUUAUGCAUUGCUUCUUUUUUUGUUGGGUUAGCUGCAUCUCUGGUGAGAACUAUUGGUACAAAAAUAAUGUCUUCCCACUUUU